UAUAUUCAGCUCCUACAUUUCUUUGUCAAAUAUGUUUUAUAAAAUGUAAAUCCAUCUUUAACCAUCCUUGAUUUCAUCCUGCCCCCUUCCUGUUGAAGAUACAAAGGUGCUGAACAGUGUCACCCAUGUCAAAGUUUGCAUGAAUAUUUCAGAAGCUGAUGUCAACAGCAGCUGUAAAGCAGCUAUAAAGAGGGAGGCUCUCUGCACAGGAGACCUCCGAACCCUCUAGACAGCCACCCACUGAAGAUAAGGACCCUUCCGGUUUGUGUUUCAGCACCAUGGUCAGCGCACGAGCUCUCCUCUUCGCGGCCACCUGCUGCUGCGCCUACCUGCAGCUCGCUCGUGCAGAGGACUCUUCGCUGGAGACGCGCUCGUUGGACUUCCCGCUGAAAACCCAACAGGAAAAAGACCUGAUUGACGCGUUGCAAGAAGUCCUGGAGAAACUGAGGAGCAAGGAGAUGCCAUUAGAGAAGAAGCUUGGCUGGUUGCCCUCGUGUGACGCAGGAGAGCCAUGCGCAGUGCGUAAAGGCGCGCGUAUUGGCACACUGUGCAGCUGUCCCCGGGGGACGUCCUGUAACUUUUAUGUCCUCAAAUGUUUGUGAGUGAAGAGGACAAAAAAGAAAAAAGAGAUGCACGAGAUGACAGGAGUGAGUUCAGGGGUUUGAAGUGACAAGAAGUCCCCUCCUUAGUGUAAGAUAUGCAGAGAGGCUGCUACUGUUGUCAUUCUCUGUGUGAUAAAAAUAAAAAUGUAAUGUAAUAUGUGAUAAAUAAAUGACGUUUUUGUUUUAUAAACGCGGGCUGGAAUAUGUUAGAAUAUGUUUUGAAUAAGUUCAACGGCCUGUGAACGUCUCUCUUUCUGUCAGUGAUUAUGAUCGUGGCACAGGUGGAAGUUAGUUGUGUAGGAUUGUGGCGUCUUAUGACAAACUUUUUGAAAGUGGAUUUUGUCAUAAAUCUAUGUUAUUUCCUGUUUUUGUUUGUGCUUGUUGUUGUUUUUUUUUUGUAAGAAAGAAGAUAGACCAUGAGUUCUGAAAACAUUUGUAAGACGAUGAGGUAAAUAAAUUCAAUUUAAAAUUGGAA